UGGGUCACGACGUGUAUAGCCCGAUGCCAGAUGGUGAAGACUGAAGUUUGCACAAACACUUGGAACUGUUGAACACCACUUUCUUGGGGUGAGCUUCACUGGCGCCAUCUUCAGCACUCCCCUUGACGUGCACCUUGAUGGUGCAGAAUGCAACCCCUUGAGCACCCAAACCUGGAAAAUCCCCCUAACUCUAUCCUCAUGGAUCAGACCAAAGUCCUGCUGAGCGCUGCCAGCCUGGUUGAAGAACUCACUUCUUUCCUCUCAUCUGCAAAUGCCACCCUCCUCUUCGCCUCGUCCGCACUAAGCACCAGCAAUCCUGCUCCACCCCCCCUCUUUCCCUGCCCGAUUAACUCCCAGCACAGGGUCCCCGCCACUGCCCUGGCGGCCCACACCGCCUCCUGCCAGGCCGCAAAAGGGGGCUUUAACCUUGAGGAACUUUCUUCUCCCGCGUCUAGUUUCUUCUACGCUGAUGCCCCUGGGGUGGUGCAGCUGCAGCGGCUCCCGGUGGAUCAGCCGCCGCGGCCACCUCUUCCCCCGCAGUCUUCCAACCAAGAGCAACAGCAGUAUGGAUCAAAGCAAGGGCCCCCACAGCCUGCUCAGCAAGAGCAACAGGGCUUGGGUGUUCAAGAGAAGAGUCCAGGCCAAACGACAGCGCUGCAAAACGCUGUUCAUCACUGGGAGCAGUCCGGAGGCGCCAGCGUAUCACACCGGUUCGCAGCAGAGCAGGAAGUCCUUGCUUGGUGUGAGCUGCCGUCCCCCAUGCCCCCAGAAGCCGGACGCCUGAUUGCAGCUUCGCCCCCGUCGGUUUUGGCGGCCCUAGUACAGACAGGGGCAGCGGAGGGGGGGGUGGGGGUGACGGCAGAAGAGGCGGAGGCGCUCGGCAGUCUGCUGAUUUGGCAGUCGCAGGCGAGGGAGGGUAACGAAGGUGCAGAAGCUGAGGCAGACCGCCUGGCCCGUGUGCUGACAGCUGUCGCCCUCCUGCGGCCACCAGCUGGCGCCACCUCCUUCCUGCUGCGUCUCUGGCAGACCGUUUUAGGGGGUCUACUACGCACCCUACCUCCCCUGCAAGCGAACCCCCCUUUCGUGAGCACCGCACAAAUGGCAGCCGCUCGGGAAACGCUAAGGGACGGCGUGCGUUUGCGUCAGCAGCGGGAGCAGGCGGGGCGGCCAGAGCCCGGUCGAGCGGAAAGGCUGGCACAGUACGACUCCAGUGUGCAGACGGCCGCCGCGGUCCGUGCACGGCGGCCCGACUACCGGCCGCUUCCCGAUCACGACUGGCUGUUCCGACCGCAUGACCCCUCCCAGCCUCAGGCUAACGACGGGCGGCGUAGCCGUGUAGAGCUGCUGGCGGAGCUGCGCGAUUUGAAGCGGCGCACCACGUCAUACCGCGCCAAGAAGCAAAGGACGCCCCUGCAGAGCGCCCGAGAUCUGAUCGAGCUGCGAAUGAUGCAACUAGAGGAGGCGUUCGGUCCUGCCGGGGGGGCCAAGCAGAGAAGCGAUGUGGAAAACGACCAGAAAAGAAGGGGUCCGGUGAGUUGGGACGAAGAAACUGAAAGGCGGGAACGAGAGAAGCCGGAAGCAGCGAGGGAGAGGUGGGAACGAGACAGGGGAGAAAAGGAGGGCGAGGCAAGAAGGAAACGAGAAAGAGGGACAGGCGUGAAUUGGCACGAAAGUGAGCGACUAGUGGGAGAAAGAUGGGGCGAUGAUUAUCGGGAAACGGAACCAAGGGGAAGAUUGGAGGAUGACGAGGGUAGGGUGCGGGACGAGAGGCAUCGCGAAAGGCGAGGGGAAGGGGAGACGCGCAUUCCAUAUACGGAGCGUGAAGGACGAAAGUACGGCAAGAGUGAGGAGCGAAAACGGACAGGGAGAGACAGAACUGAUAAAUCAGAGUGGAGGAGUGGUAGACGCGAACAGCAAGAAACGGACGGACGGGAUGCGCGGAGGGAGAGAGAUGGCAGGGGGGAUGAACGAGGAUCUGGAAGUUUCGGGGGCGCGCGAGUGAGAGAGAGAGAACGGGGGGGUGCGGGGUGGGAAGGCAGUUAUGAAGCAGGGGGUUCGAGAAGGUGGGCAGACGACGUCGAAGAGAAGGGGUCUGGGAGGUGGGGAGAGGAGGCUGACCUUAUGGGGGGAAAAAGAAGAAGGAAUGAUUAUUGAGUGGCGGGCAAGAAUUGUACCGCAGGACGUUGUUCGAUGGUCGAAAUGCUUACAAAUGGCGGCUUGCUUUGAAUCACAGACGAAAGUGCCACCUUGGUGACUGUAUAGAGCGACCGCCUAAUAAGACAAAUGUCAAGACGAAAUCGCGCUCAUACUUUCACGCUGUUGUUCUGCAUCAGUGACCGGCAAAGGUGCACUGCAAUCGGAUGGCACAGCCCCGGAUACGGUCAACUUAGUUUCUUACGAGGUUCAUCAUGGAUUAUUGCACU